AUGGCGAAAGACCGGAAAAUCGGCGUGGCCAUGGACUUCUCGAAGAGCAGCAAGGCGGCUCUACGGUGGUCCGUCGACAACCUUGCCGACAAAGGGGACACGUUCUACAUUCUCCACAUCAAAUCACACUCUCCCGACGAGUCGCGCGACAACCUCUGGUCCCGAUCGGGCUCUCCUUUGAUUCCAUUGAUGGAGUUUCGUGAGCCGGAGGUGAUGAAAAAAUACGAUGUGCCGGUUGAUAUUGAUGUGCUUGAUUUGCUCGAUACAGCUACUAGGCAGAAGGAGAUAAAAGUGGUGACAAAGUUGUACUGGGGAGAUGCAAGAGAGAAGCUCUGUGAAGCUGUGGAUGAUUUGCAUUUGGACUCUUUGGUUAUGGGUAGCAGAGGACUCACCACUAUCAAGAGGUAUUUGUUUUUUUCUUUUUAA